UGCUCGGCGACGAGGGGCACGCGCGCAGCCCUGGGAUGCUGGAGCGGGUGCGAUGGCUCCCGCCAUGCAGUCGACCGAGUUCCAGUUCGCCCAGCGGCUGGCCUCCAGCGAGAAGGGUGUCCGCGACCGCGCCGUGAGGAAGCUGCGGCAGUAUCUGAGCGCAAGGACGCAGAGCGACACAGGAAGUUUCAGUCAGGAAGAACUCCUAAAAAUAUGGAAAGGACUCUUCUACUGCAUGUGGGUACAGGACGAACCCCUUCUGCAGGAGGAGCUAGCGAACAUUAUUUCCCAACUCAUCCAUGUUGUUAACAGCUCAGAGGCUCAACACCUGUUCAUUCAGACCUUCUGGCAGACAAUGAAUCGAGAGUGGCAAGGCAUAGACAAGCUGCAGCUGGACAAGUACUACAUGCUGAUCCGCCUGGUCCUGAGGCAGUCCUUCGAGGUUCUCAAGCAGAAUGCCUGGGAAGAAAGCCAAAUCAGACUUUUUCUGGACAUCCUGAUGAAGGAGAUCCUGAGUCCCCAGAGUCAGUCUCCCGAUGGCGUGAGAUCCCACCUGAUCGCUGUUUAUUUGGAUGAGCUUUCUACCGUGGGAGGGGGAGAGCUUUUAGCGGAUCAGAACCUCAAGUUAAUUGAUCCAUUCUGCAGAAUUGCUGCCGAGACUAAGGACCACACACUGGUACAGACUGUAGCUAGGGGUGUUUUUGAAGUCAUUGUAGAUCAGUCUGCUUUUGUACCUGAAGAGACUGUGGAAGAACAGAAAACCAAACUGGCUGAUGUUGGCCUCCGUGGAGAAGAGAUCCCUGCAAACAAGACGGCCUGUAGAAAAGCAGUCAGUGGGAAGAAGGCUGCACUAGGUGAAUGCCUCGAAGAUAGAGUCAUUGGCAGCAGAGAAAGAGACAGCUGUGCAGCCUUGAAGGAUUCGUGCUCACCGCUCCAGUUUGACUAUAGGGCUAUUGCUGAUAGACUCCUGGAAAUAGCCAACUUGAAGAGCACACCUCCAUUCAACCGGAAGCGCCUCUGCAAACUGAUCAGAAAGUUCCAGGAACUCUCUGAAGGCAAUAGUGCUCAACUUAGUCUUGCUGAGGACAUAUCUACUGAUGAAAACGGUCAAGCCCUCAAUCAGAGAAGGCACAAGAAGAAAAGAAAGAAGCUUGUAGAGAGCUCCGCCUUGGAAGGGGAGAAAGGAAACACGGUCUUUCCUGGUGAAGAGAUCAGUGGAGGCCACAUUCACAAGAGGAAAAGAAAAAAGAAGAAGAGGAGCCACUUCCAGUCUGAGACUCAGUGCCUGGAUGCUGCUGCCAUGCCCCCAGCACAAAGUGCUGCCAGUGGACCUGGUACCGCCCAGAGGCAGGCCUCACAGGCAUGUGUGACUGCACCUGCGGCAGAGGCCUUACCUAGCACCGGGGAGAACAGUUCCGAGCCCAUGCCCAUUACGCCCACACACAACAAAAAGAAACGGCCAAGAAAGAAGAGUCUGAGGGCCCACAGAGAAACCAGGAAGUCCACCACUUUACCUCAGGAGGGCGUGUCAGAGAAUGACCCUGUCGUUGGGCAUCCUCAGAACUCUGCUGCCCAGAGUUCUUCCUCAGGAGGCGUUCAAGCCCAGAAGAGAAAACGGAAACUCGGAGCUCUCCUUGUUAGCAGUGGUGGCCUGACCGUGCAGAAGGCAGGUAUCCCAACAAGCCCAAUAGAAGGGAAAGAUGACCAGACCACCCUGCCCCAGUGUAAGACACCACAAAAGAAGAGAGCCUCUAGCAGCCUUGACCUCUGUGAUACGUCCAGUCAAAAAACAGCAAUCUUAAAAAAGAGGAAAAAGAUGAAACAUAUGUCAAACUUGACAGAGCACAACGGAGUGGUGGAGUCCAGCACCAGGCCGAUCCAAGCUCUGGGAAGCAACAGGACUCUGAAGAAGCCUCUGAAGACGGAGCGCGACUUUGUGAAGUUUGACACCAACUUCUUACCAAAGCCCCUGUUCUUCAGGAAAGGAAAGAACAGCCCCGCCACCCGUCCCCAAGGUCCUGCUGUCCAGCUGAAUAAAACGCCCUCCAGUUCCAAGAAAGUCACCUUUGGGUUGAACAGAAACAUGACUGCAGAAUUUAAGAAGACAGACAAGAGUAUCCUGGUCAGUCCCACAGGCCUUUCCAGAGUGGCCUUUAACCCUGAACAGAGGCCACUCCACGGAGUGCUGAAGACCCCCACCAGCUCCCCGGCCAGCACUCCUCCGUCAACCAUGAAGCUACCAGUCAUCACCCCAAAGAGAAGGCCAAGGGCUGCAGACUUCUUCUGAGAGCCAGAGACCCUUUUUAAAGACUGCUUUUAUACUGGAUAUUGUAUAAAUUAUAACUUUUAAAUGUG